CAUCAGAGAGAACUUGUAAAUGUUUAAUAAACUUUGCUUCUUCCCGUUGCUUUGGAUGAGAUCCUAUUAAUAAAUUUGAGUGGCUUGAGGACAGGUUUUGUGUCCGUUACUAUAGCAUCACCUUGCAUAGGAUCUCAGCAUGAGAGAGGCAGCGGGAGGAGAGAGGGAGGGAGAAUGAGACUGAGCAAGCCAGCGUAAGGUGCAGCAACAGCACCAGGUCCAGAAAUACAAACCUCAGCAUCUCCAGCUCCUCCAGCUGUAGCCCUUUGGACUAGCCUCCUUCUUGCCAGGUGCCAGCCCCUAUAGCACAUACACAGUGGAGCUGCAGCAAUUUUGCUGCUGAGUCCUUACUACUUAGAAGAUUUCACACAGGAGCUCUGCCUGUCUGACUUUCUUGUUCUGGAGGAUCUGCAUUGAAUUUUGCCUUCUGAGCUACUUUCUAGACCAACUGGUUGUUGUCCCAGAGAUCAACAAAGUGACUAACAGGGACCCCCAAGUUUGAAAACAGCAACUAUGACUGCAGCAGUGAAUAACUGUUAAACAAAAGGAUUUAUUUAGAAGACAGACAAGAUGCCUUUUGAAGGGUUUAGUUCACUGAAAGACAGAUUUUUGAAACCAGGAAAGGAAGAGGUGAAGACCACUGUUAGUGACUCUCUGGGGAAUCUGCAAAGAAAAAUUGAUGGAACCAACACAGAAGAAGAUCACAUUGAAUUGACUGAAGAGGGAAGGCCUGUGCUGGCAACUACUCACAAACCUCCCCUAUGUGACUGCUAUUGCUGUGGACUACCCAAGCGCUACAUCAUUGCCAUAAUGAGUGGUCUGGGCUUUUGCAUUUCUUUUGGAAUUAGGUGCAAUCUGGGUGUUGCCAUAGUGGAAAUGGUUAACAACAGCACAAUCUAUGUGAAUGGAAAACCAGAGCUUCAGAAAGCUCAGUUCAGCUGGGAUCCAGAGACAGUAGGACUUAUACAUGGCUCAUUUUUCUGGGGUUACAUUGUGACACAAAUUCCAGGAGGGUUUGUCUCGAACAAACUAGCUGCUAACAGGGUAUUUGGAGCAGCUAUUUUCCUAACAUCUACACUGAAUAUGUUCAUCCCGUCUGCUGCAAGAGUACAUUAUGGCUGUGUUAUGUUUGUAAGAAUUUUGCAAGGUCUCGUAGAGGGUGUGACCUAUCCAGCAUGCCAUGGGAUGUGGAGCAAAUGGGCUCCCCCGCUGGAGAGAAGCAGGUUGGCAACCACAUCUUUCUGUGGUUCCUACGCUGGGGCAGUGGUUGCCAUGCCCUUGGCAGGGAUAUUGGUACAGUACAUAGGGUGGCCAUCCGUCUUUUAUAUUUAUGGAAUGUUUGGAAUUGUUUGGUACAUGUUCUGGCUGUUUCAUGCCUAUGAGAGCCCUGCUGAACACCCAACAAUAACCAGUGAAGAAAGGACAUACAUAGAAACAAGUAUAGGAGAAGGGGCCAGCCUAGUUAGUGUAAGUAAAUUUAGUACCCCUUGGAAGAAGUUUUUCACUUCAAUGCCAGUGUAUGCAAUCAUCGUGGCAAACUUUUGUAGAAGCUGGACCUUCUAUUUGCUGCUUAUUAGUCAGCCUGCUUACUUUGAAGAGGUCUUUGGCUUUGCAAUAAGUAAGGUUGGCCUUUUGUCUGCCGUUCCACAUAUGGUCAUGACAAUUAUUGUUCCCAUUGGUGGGCAAUUAGCUGACUUUUUACGAAGCAGAAAGAUUUUAACCACUACCACUGUAAGAAAAAUCAUGAAUUGUGGAGGUUUUGGUAUGGAAGCAACUUUGCUUUUGGUAGUUGGUUACUCUCAUACAAGAGGUGUGGCUAUCUCCUUCUUGGUGCUGGCAGUAGGAUUUAGUGGAUUUGCUAUUUCAGGAUUUAAUGUCAACCAUUUGGAUAUUGCACCCCGGUAUGCCAGCAUUCUGAUGGGGAUCUCCAAUGGUGUGGGGACGCUGUCAGGAAUGGUGUGCCCACUCAUUGUUGGUGCGAUGACUAAACACAAGACCCGGGAAGAGUGGCAAAAUGUCUUUCUGAUAGCAGCUCUCGUGCACUACAGUGGAGUGAUAUUCUAUGCUAUCUUUGCUUCUGGUGAGAAGCAAAAAUGGGCUGAUCCUGAAAGCCACAGCGAAGAUAAAUGUGGCAUAAUUGACCAAGAUGAACUGGCUGAAGAAAUGGAACUGAGCAGUGAUACUUUUGUUAGUGCAAAGAAAACAUACGGCACUACCAGUCAAAACAAUGAUGUGCAGAAAAAGGCAUGGAGAAAGCAAAAGGGAGUAAUGCAGGACAUAGAGGAACAGACUUCCUACCAUUAUGAAAAUGGAAAUUUUCAAGAUAGGUCAUAAUAUCUGAAAAUGACAGGUUUCAGAGUAGCAGCUGUGUUAGUCUGUAUUCGCAAAAAGAAAAGGAGUACUUGUGGCACACUCUGAAAAUGUGUGAUUCGUGUGACAAGUGUCCCAGCCCCUCCUGCCCAACUGCCUCUUAGUCAGACAGUAUCCAUAUGUACUUGCUUAUUCAUUCAUGGAAAAUCCUGCCAAAUGGCUAAAUGUAAGCUGGAGUAAUUCUCUCCUUGUAGCACAGAAAAAGAGCUAAUAGAAAUAUAACUGGCAAACCUAAGUUUGGCUUUCAAUCAGAUCUGUGUGGGAUGGACUGAGGGCUCCUUACACAGCCCUAUUGAAUUUAGCAUUGGUGUAGCAGGUCUGUCUGCUUGGCUGUGAUUGUGGGAGCAGGGCCCUUCAAGUAAGGAAAAGGCCAUAAUGGGUUGUGGGAUUCAUGGUAAUUUAAUGACAUUCCCCCUACCACAAUGUGUGUUUACUAGGAAGCCCAUAGACACAGAAGUCUGGCCAUGGUUGCCUAUGUAGGACAGGGGUUCUCAAACUGGGGGUCGUGACCUCUCAGGGGGUGCAAGGUUAUGACAUGGGGGUCAUGAGCUAUCAGCCUCCCCACCCAAACCCCACUUUGCCUCCAAUAUUUAUAAUAGUGUUAGAUAUAAAAAAUGUGGUUUUAAUUUAUAAGGGUGGGUCGCACGCUUGCUGUGUGAAAGGGAUCACCAGUACAAAAGUUUGGUCAAGUUUUAGGUUCCUGCUGAGCGAAGAGAGUGAAGAAAAUUUAAAAUUAUUAAAUUAAAAUAUAGUCAAAUAUGGUCACCCAACAGCAACAGGGGAAUGUGUAACCAAGAUUGCUGAAACUAUUAUUCCAACAAUGCUUUCAUUCAAGGAGAGAAACUUUUUUCUUUAUACAUGAUGCACCCAGGUUGGAUAAAGCAACAUAAUGGUUACUGUAGAGAUUAUUUCCCUCAACCUCCCCCACCCCUGAUUUUUGUGUUUGCAUGAAAAAAUAAUUUUGAAACGAAAAUCAUCUUCCUAUUCAUCAUAGUCCCAUAAAGAUAAAAUUUUCACUCAGUUCCUUAUUGUGAAGCGCUUUAAAUAUAUUUUUCUAGAAUAAAAUUUGGGUAAAAUUAUAAGCCUUAGCCUAGCAGCCCUUGUUUCCGUGAAUCAGAUCAUUUAUGUGAGUAAAGUCUAUAGUUUUGGGCCUAUAGCUCUUUCCUUUUACGUAUUGCUGCAGUCUCUCCAUUGCUGUGAAUGAGGUAUGGUAUAUUUUUUGGGAAAAAGGGUUUCUAUUUAAAGAAAUGACCCGAUUCUCAGAUAUUCUAAUUUUACACUCUCUCUGCCAUCAGUAUAUGUUUGAUAUCAUAAAAUGGCUUUAGAUUUUUUUCUACCAUCUUUGGAAGCUACCAAGAUUACAAUGGAGCAUGCUAUAUCAUCUUAAACCUUUAGCUGCACUCAAAAGCUCAUUGUGGCAAUAAUAAUAUUUUCUUAAUGAAGAAUUUCAGUAAACUGUUUGUUUUACAUUAUGA